GUUUUAUAUUGGCUGUCGUGGGAACUGCAGCAUCUUAGAAAAGGGACGAAUCCGUGCGACCAUUAAAGGUUGGAUAACGCAGAUCGACUUUUGCCUUGUUUGAUCCGGUACAAGGUACCGAAGUUCGUGUGCUGGGCACUCGAAAAAGACCUACACAUGUCCUACUGAAUACCAGAGCUACGGAGAAAGAAGUCAACGGAAGAUCCCGGACUGCUGUCAGUAUGUCGCUCAGUACUCGAGAUGUAGUGUCCCGGCUUCUCUUCCUAGCAUGCAUAGGAACGCUUCAAUCGGCAGGCCAACAUGUGGAACAUUUCAAUUGCAACUCCCCGACUGGUCUAUACUACAUCAGUGGUUUGCUAUGGUCUACAAAGUACAACAACGCAACUGCAGCUGCAGAUAAGUGCCAGACAGCAGCGCCAGGAGUCAGCUUUGCCCUGAUCAGCUCCACCGACUUUAGCGGUACGAACAUGAAUUGCUUGCUCGCUUUCCUUGCGCACAUAGCCGCAGCGCACCCUGGAAACAGCGUAUCAGCAUGGUUGGAUUCAAGUACUGGAACAAACCGUCGUUGCUAUCCAGGACCAGCAUGCAGUAACACCAACGUGACGAUAUGCAAGUACAACAAGCCUGAUGCCGCAAACCUCACCAACAGCUGCCCUGUUUUGCCUCCGAUCACCAAUGGGAUUAUCAUGUAUCCAUCAGGACUUGUUUUCCCGUCAGAGGCCUUCUACACAUGUAACAUUGGCUACCAACUUCACGGCCAUAGCAAUCGUGCCUGUGAAUCAUAUAAAAAAUCAACAACUAGUACUCCAGCUACUCCAGCUGCCUGGAAGUCGACCCCAACCCCAACUCCCAUUUGCAACGCCAUUCAGUGUCCUCCUCCGAGAAUCCCUCACAGCACUGACUUGAUAGAUAAAUACUAUGAUAUUGGACAGCAAGUCGAAGUGAACUGCUCACAAGGCUACCGACUGGUGGGCAACAGUGCGGUGGAGUGCAUGCGUUUCGGCGGUUGGACAAGCCUCCCGACGUGUGAAGAAAUACACUGUCAAGCACCUGCGCGACCAGAGAAUGGAUACCUCUUGCUGGACGGACUGGAGGUUCACAGUGCUUUCAACAUCACGUGCAAAGAGGGAUACCGAAGCACGCAGGCAGAGCCGUCGAAGUGCAUGCCGAGUGGAAACUGGUCCAGUCCCCCGGGGAAAUGUGAAGAGGCCAAGUGCAGGAAGCAGGAAGCACCUCCGAAUGGCGAGCUCAUUGGCUACAUUGAGGUUCCACUCGCCGGUCGGGAGGUAUUUUACUACUGCAAUGAUGACUACGAACUGGAGGGCUCGCGAACACAGAAGUGUAAGAUGGACGGCGACUGGACUGGAUUAGCACCGGCUUGUGUGAAGAAGGCGACUGAGGAGCAGGUCAGUUGGGUAUCCCAGCCCGCCAGUCUAUCCGUCAUAGUCGUGAUGGUGGUCAUGGUACUGGCUGCCUUGCUUCUACCGCUUUGCUUCAUACUCUCUCGCUAUAGGUCUCGCAGCCAAGACAUGCUGGACUCUGGCCAAACAAACGCCAAGGAAGAGCCGGACGUGCCUGGAGAGCAAUAUGCGCAACCCACGGAUAUUAUGUCCAAUUUAUCAAGCCAGCGUAAGGACCGCCCUAUCGUAUCAUCGGACUCGGUACCUUGCAACAGCUGCAUUAGUGCCGGCACGAGUAGCCUCUCAGACCAGAGUCGACCGAGCGGAAUCGUGCCCAGCACACCCAUUGGCAGGCACCUGGGCAGUAUGGAGAAUCUGGUCAGCGACGAUGGCCAAGAUGAGCAUAUGUACGCUGAUCCGCAUUUGAACGACGAUCUCGAUGACAUCAUGAAGACUCUGGCGGUAUCCGAUUGCAUUAUGCCACCCGUAGCCGCACCUCGCCAGCAGUCGGAAGCAACAGCCAAGAGCAAUGCACCUCCUGACGUAGAGAAUUCACAUGCUGAUGUUUACGAAAAGUAUGAUGUGGACCAGGAAACGGUGACAACAAUGCCAACAGGUGGACAAGCAGAUGACGGCGUGCCUCACGCAGCCGUGCGGAAGAGAGACAGCGUCAGUGCUCCUAGCAAGCCGCAGCGCAUCUCGUCGUACACACCUACCGUACUGCAACCCUGCCCGAACGUCAGCACAGCUACUGCUGCUACGACAGCUGUGCGGGUGCAGUCCUACACUAUGGUCGACUUGAAGAAGAAAACGCCACGCGACGAAACGAACAAGAAGAAGACAACCAAUUCGCCGAUGGCUCUUACACCGACUGUGAAGACCAACUCCGCCGAUACUGGAAUAAGUCACGGAGGCUCUGCAGCGAAAGAUGGCGUUUAUGUGAAUAUGAAGGUUUAAUUAAGAGUCCUUGCGCAGGGAGACGGACCAAACUCCCUCUCUUCUUUCUUUACUGAAUAUCACACAACCAUCAGAUGCUGCACAGCCGGGCCUCGAUCGACUUUAGUGGCUUGUUUUGUUUUUGGAAUAUCAGAAGGUAAAGAUGAAAGCGAUUUCCUGGUUGGCUACGUGACAAGAAGCAGUACAAGAAUAGCGAUGAAGUUUACGCUCGUCUCUUCAACCUGCCGUCACUGAUCCAGCUGGGGUGGAGCAUGGCUUUGCACAACACUUCUCUUUGUCUGUUUGCAAUUUCCCAAAAGCCUAAACGUAUACUGACAUGGGCAUCUGCAGGCGCAUUUUUUUUAUUUACUUUAUACUUAUGUGCAGGCGCACCCCAUUAUUUGUAAUUUUUAUUCCCCAAAGGCUUUCGCCUAUCGAGCGGGUUCCCAAACUUUCCAUGAUACCAAAUCUGAAAAAGAAGUGAUGAGCAAUAGACUUUUAUUUAUCGCCGUGGUUGGAAAUCACCCACUCUCUUAAUAACA